UCGCAGCAGGCGAUCAAAACAAAACAAAUCCGUCGAGUUGCGGAAAGAUUUCUUUUGCUGGUGCGCGUAUUUUCGUUUGAAUCCGGUUCGUUUCGUCGUGCAUUUGGUUGUUUCGCGUCCGGGAAGUGCCUCUCUCGAAAAGGAGCCAUGAAUUGUCGCCACGCGAGAACAAUCCCGUAAACGUCGCCGGGUGCUCGAGAACCAGGAGAUGGAAGCGUUGAUCUUGAGGGUGGGCAAAAAUAGCAGUGCUGUAGUCGGAUUUGGGCAACUUCCGGAACAAGAUUUUGCGGUUUUUUCCGAUAAAGGAGCCGGAAAAGUGUUCAUCUACUCGAUGUUUGUGGGGCUGACGAGCGCGAAGAGGAGAAUCUGGAGGACGGAGGAGGAGGCGACCCAGUACGCGCUUCGAUUUCUGGCUGAUUUGGUCAAUUCUUAGGACAUCUCAACGAAUUCGUUGCUUCAGCUGUUGUGCGUGAUCGGUACGUCUUUGCGAUCCUUUCGACGUUGCUUUGUGUUGUCCGGCAGUUCUACGAGAAGAAGGAAUCGGCGUUAGAGAAUUUGCUGGUUCAGAUUGAGAUGUUGUUUUCUAAUAGAGUCGGACGUGUCGCCGAUUUUCCGCCAAGCGGUCAAAACGUCGCUGGGUUGCAACUGUGGCGUUCGUAAAGGUGCUCAAAAUCGACGCGGACGAGAAGGAGAUGGAACGAUUCGCGAAGACGGCCAAGCUUGUGCUGGGGGAGAUCUUUACUAAAUACGGCAUCAAUGACGCCACCACGAUGCUCGGGCUGCGCGAGGAGGACAAAACGAUCCCGCUAAAGAACCUCACCAUCGAGACGGCAAUCUGCUGGCAGGCGCUGCUCAAGAUCCUCCAGCACACCGAGUCGUACGAGCUGGACGCGUACAUGGUGGAUCUGACAGCGUUUUGCAACUACAUCAAGACCUUUGCGGACACGCCGACGCUGUGCAACUACAUCCGGCAGCUGGCGUACGAUCCGUCGAUGACGACGGAUAAGUUACAGAAGAUGUACUUCCAGUCGAUGAUGCAGGUGCUGCUAGAGAUUGUGGCGUCGUACGAUCUGGGUGACGAGGUCGGUCGGAAGAACUUGAAGAAGGUGCUGGCGGAAAUGUUGGCAAACUUGGCGAGGGCAACGUGAAGACGAUUGUGGCCAUCUUUGAGCGGUUGG